AUGUGUAACAUCACAGCUUCCUGUAAUGUUGAUUCAAACAUUGACCAGUUUUUUCAGCCAGUGCUGUACAUCAUUGUCAUCAUCCUUGGCUUCCCUACAAACUGUAUGGCCCUCUGGGCUGCCUAUUUACAGGUGAGGCAAAAAAAUGAGCUGGGUGUCUAUUUAAUCAACCUAUCUGUGGCUGACCUUCUGUACAUUGCUACGUUGCCCCUUUGGAUUGAUUAUUUUCUUCAGCAUGAUAACUGGAUCCAUGGACCAGAGUCCUGCAAGCUGUUCGGAUUCAUCUUUUACACCAACAUCUAUGUCAGCAUUGCCUUCCUCUGCUGUAUUUCUGUGGACCGGUACUUAGCUGUGGCCUAUCCGCUCAAGUUUGCCAAAGUACGUCGCGUCAAGACAGCCGUCUUGGUUAGCGUUGUAGUCUGGGUCAUAGAAAUUGUAGCUAACUCUGCUCCACUCUUCCACGAUGAGCUGUUUGCAGAUCGCUUUAACCACACCUUCUGCUUUGAAAAGUAUCCAAUGCAGGACUGGGUGGCGGGUAUGAACCUGUACCGAAUAUUUCUGGGCUUUUUGACUCCUUGGUGCUGUAUGUUAGCGGCAUACAAGGGAAUUCUAAAGGCCGUGCGUAGCAAUGUCUCCACCGAGCAGCAGGAGAAAGCCAAGAUCAAGAGACUAGCUCUGAGUCUAAUCCUUAUUGUGCUCUUGUGCUUUGCACCAUACCAUGUACUUCUGCUCUGGCGCAGUGCACUCUUUUUUAGCAACCCAUGUGACUGUCGGGUAGAGGAAAACCUAUUCGCUGCCUACCACGUUGCACUUGCACUAACCAGCCUCAACUGCGUGGCAGACCCAAUACUGUACUGUUUCGUGAACGAAGGAGCCCGUAACGACGUGAGCCGUGCCCUGGCCACCUUGAUCGCUGUCUUCCACAAGAAAAGAAACAAAGAUUUCUUAAUGGGGGGUUCAAUUACAGUGGAGACGCCCCUGGCCAGCAAGAAGCCAGACAACUAUGGAGAAGUCAGGACAGAUUCCAUUAAAGAUGACUUAGAGAUAAUAAAAGAUGAGUGCCUUCAGAUGACCAAACUUAGUGUUAAAAAUUGACACAACACUCUGCAUACGCAGGGACAAUUUGUCAAAGGAACUUCAGGGACUGUAAGCCUCCAUUUUUUGCCAUAAAUUCUGUCCAUAAAUUCUGCCUUUGA